GAUGGGAAUGGUCACAUGGGCGCGGCUGUGACAAAGGAGGGAGGUGAUGGAAACCUGUGGUCACAAUACCUGCUGUACCCUCCCAGAUUUGGCUCAGUGGUACUGUAUAAAUACCCAACUCUGGAAAGAUUUGUCAUUCAGAAUCUUUGUUUUAGGACAACGCUGCAGAACAGGUACGUUUCAGCUAUGGUCACAAUGUCUUACCCAAUGACCUCCCAGCCUCAGGCAAUGCAAGGCUACACUACCAGUAAAAGCGAAUGGAACUCCGAAGUUAUGGACUGCUGUGAAGACAUGGGCGUCUGCCUUUGCGGAGCGUUUGUCCCUUGCAUUCUGGCCUGCAGAGUAGCCUCAGACUACGGAGAGUGCUGCUGCCUGCCGUUUAUAGGAGGUGCCUUGCUGGCCAUGCGCACUGGCAUAAGGGAGCGCUACCACAUCCCGGGAAGUAUCUGCAAUGACUGCGUGUGCCUCACCUUCUGCGGAGUGUGUACCCUCUGUCAGAUGGCGCGGGAGCUGAAGGCCCGGAACUGAUCAACCAAUAGCAUAAUGGUGUCAUGGAGGGCAUCCGCGGACUGUUUUUACUGUUAAGAGAACCUGAAAAAAAUCUGAAAUCUCAUUGAAGAUGGAGAGGUUACCCUGGGCGUUACCACUGACCCCCCCCCCCCCCACUUCCCAAACAUCUGGCAGAACUACUGGAAUAACUGUCAUUUGCAUGCACAUAACAUUAGCCUAUUAAAUUGUGAAAGCAUUUAGAGCUUGUAUUUGAAAACUGGACUUUAAAUUGUAUAUUUAUGUUUCCCUGUAUAUAUGCAUUGACCUGCCAUUAAAAAUCAACGCCAGUGUCCCAUA